AUGGCUUAUACUUUUGCUAAUGUAAAAAUUGAAAAAGCGGGAUUGACGGUCACUACAAGUGAUGCUACAAGCGAGCAUCAUCCAACAAAUACUAUCGCUGACACUCCAGACGAAGAUGGUAAACAAUUUUACUAUAGACCUAUUAAAAGGCGGGAACAAAAGUGGGUUCUUUAUUGCACUAAGCUCGGUGCUGCAUUAGCACGCGAAUUAAAGAGAGCUAACAGUGACUCUGAAAUUCCAACUGAAAUAUUAACGGAUUUGCCUAAAGGUUAUCAACUUUUUGAACACGUUAAGAAUUAUAUUAAUGACCCAAAGAAAUAUAGGACAGACACGUACCUAUUUGGAUUAGGUUCGAUCAAGUUUCGAUCUCCUGCAGAGUUUGAAGAUCAUUUGUUGUGGUUAGCGUCGGAUCAAUCGACUCAAUGCAUAUGCAAAUAUUGUUCGAAAGAUUCAACUCCAAGGAAAAAAAUACAAUCUACACCACAAAGGUCUGUUCAACAGACAACACCUCAAUCUGCUCUUACAAAGAAAUCCUUAAUAGUUUCACCAUCUAAUCAGGUUGAAUCAAAGUCAAAGAAAAGUACCUCAAAUAAUGAGCAACUUCCUUAUGACAUAAGUUAUUAUAUUCGAAGCGGAGAAGUGGCUUGGUUUAAAACAUCAACGAUUCUUCCUGAUAAUCAUCUGGAAGAAUUAAAGAAAGGAAACGUAGACAUUGGUCAUUGGCCAGGAUACGUUAUUGAGCGACAAAAAUUUUCACAAGCUGCAAAUGAUAAGGUCACUAGAUCACAGAUCGGUAAAAUAAGUUAUAGGGUGCAGCCUUUCAACGUGGCAGGAGUAUUAAAAGCAUUGGAAGAUCAAGUUGUUCCUUGGCUGAUGUUAUCAUCAGAGAAUUUUGUGAAAAAAAUUUAUAAAAUAAAGGAAGAUCAUGAAAGUCAAGGAAAAUAUUCUCCAACAUUAAUGCGUAUUAUCAGCUUAUUUUGUUCAGCAUGUGAUAUUGCAAGAAGGAUUAGCAAAACUUAUGCUCUCCUAGAUUCUUACACAUAUACAUUUCCUCCGCUAUUCCUUCAAAAUAUUAAAGAUUUAGAAGAACGAAGAUUGCUUCAAGAAAUGGAAAAAUGUCCACAUUACAAAUCGAUAUUUUUUGGUUCUGAAAUUUUAAAGGAGGAAGAUUACGUGAGAAUGAACGAUGUUGUAUCCAAAGGAAAUAAUAUCAGAGUUUUCAAGAUUAACACAAUAUAUAAGAAUUCUGAAAAUAAGUUAUUCUUUAAUGGUGAUAUUUAUUUAAAAGCAUCUACGAAGAAUGGUAAGAUCAGCUGGAGCAGAUUAAAUGAAGAAGAUAGAGAAUAUUUUAUCGAGCUUAAAGAAAUUUCUGGUCGUUAUUAUGAUACGCAUCCUUUUAUAGAUAAGAGUAUGGAAGUUGAAGAGGUAAUUAGCUUUAAUGAAAGAAAGAACUUAUUGGAAAUACAAGAGACGAACAAAACGACAAAGCGAUCUAUAGCCUCCGACGACCCACUCGAUACUUCAACAAAGAAACCAAAGGUACGGAAUGAAAACGUAUCCCCUCAAAAAAAGGCUUUGCAACAUAGUCAUCCAUUAGAUAUGAAUUCGAAAGAGGUUGGAAUUGUUAAACAAAAAGUUGAUCCACUCGUUAUUUCACCAACUAUUCCGUUUUUGGAAGAAUCUGAUGAUGAGAUAUCAGAAGUUGAUGGAAAAUUGUUUGAAAUGCUUUCAAAUAAUUCUUGA